UUGCAGAAAAUGCACACAUGGCAAAAGCAAAUCACACACUGGUGUAUGAAUUCAUUUUGAUUGGAUUUGCUGGAUCUCCAGAAUUACAGGUUUUGCUCUUCAUUUUCUUCCUGAUAACUUAUUUCAUUACCUUGCUGGGAAAUUUUGCGAUGUUUUUGUUAAUCCAGAUAGACUCUCGACUUCACACCCCCAUGUACUUCUUCCUCAGUAACCUGUCAUUUCUUGACCUUUGCUAUUCUUCUGUGGUCACCCCAAAGAUGUUGAUAGGUUUUAUAACAGAAAGCAAAACCAUUUCCAUAAGUGAAUGUGCAGCACAAAUGUGGUUUUUUGCCUUCUUCGUGGCUGCUGAAGCUUAUCUCUUAGCAUCCAUGGCAUAUGAUCGGUAUGUAGCUAUUUCUAAUCCAUUGCUUUACACGGUUAUUAUGUCUAGGAAAACCUGUCUGUUACUCUUAGUUCCACCUUGUUUUGCUGGACUAUUAAAUGCCAUGACACAUACAGUUAUGACUUUCCAAUUAACUUUCUGCAAGUCCAAGAUCAAUCACUUUUUCUGUGAUAUCCCUGCUGUCAUAUCCCUCUCCUGCUCUGAGACACAAAUCAACAAGAUGGUGCUUUUUAUCAUGUCCUUCUCUCUUGGCUCUCUCAGCAGCAUUUUUAUUAUUAUCUCUUACAUCUAUAUUCUUUGUGCCAUCCUGAGGAUCCGAUCUGUGGAGGGCCAGCGGAAGGCUUUCUCCACCUGUUCCACCCACCUCACUGCCGUUUCCAUCUUCUUUGUCACCCUCUUCUGUAUAUAUGUGCGGCCCAGCCAUAGUUUUCUAGCAGACCAGGGCAAGGUGUUUUCUGUGUUUUAUACUGUGAUGAUCCCCAUGUUAAACCCACUGAUCUACAGCAUAAGGAACAAGGAAGUUCAAACUGCUGCAGGCAGUGUGAUCAGAAAAAAAGGGACUUUUAUAAACUAA